AUGUCUCUCUCCCUCCCCUACCCGGAUCCGAAGCGCCCACCACCCCUGACGCCACUACCAACACCACCACAGCCACACCACCGCAAGCUGUUCGAGCACAUAAUUCUGGCCCGCCUCCAAACCUACCUGGAUGACGAUGACCUAUAUCCGGACUCCAUGUUCGGCUUUCGUCAACAGUUGUCCACCCCGGAUGUCAUGCUCCAGCUCUCCGAGGAUGUCCUUCACCCCUCCUACCUCAAACGCACUCGAGCUAUCCUGGCGCUGUACCUUAUCAAAGCAUUCGACAAUGUACACCACACCGCCAUUCUGGAUGCUCUCUCUUCCCUUCACGUCGGACCCCAUGUGGAGCGGCUGCGCCCUCUGCAAACAUACUCUCGAAAGCAGUGA